GGCAGGAUGCAGUUCGUUGUUUUAUUUUGCUGUUUUGUACUGCAAGUGUGGAUAACCAACGAGCAGCUGGGCAUUGGAGUGGUACUGGCAGGAGCCAGUUGUGAGCUGGAAAUCCACGAUAAGCGGCUGGCCUGGCUAAUGGCGGGAAAUUUUACAGCUCAGCUGGUAUCCUGUUUUCUAUGGGGCCAAUUGUCGGACGUUCAUGGAAGACGCAAAGUGAUUUUGCUUACGGGAAUCUGCUCAAACUUAUUAUCCAUUCUUUCGGCUUUUAUGCCAGAGUUUUGGGGAUUCUUUGGCCUGCGUAUAUUAUCAGGUUUCUUUCUCUCAGCUUCGGUGGUCAGUUGCCUGACCUACAUGAGUGAGUUCACAAAGGUUUCCCUGCGACCCAGAGUGCUGACCAUUAUGAGCUAUGCCAUCGGUUUCAGUCUUAUCUAUGUGCCGGCUCUGGCUGGUGGCAUUUUACCGCUGGAUAUCAAGGUCAGUGCCUGGCGUAUCCUGCUGUUGCUCAACCAGUUGCCCGGAGCCAUAGGCAUCAUCGUUUUGAUCUUCCUGCCCGAGAGUCCCAAGUACUAUCUUUCGGUUGGCGAACAGGAGAAGGCCAUGAAGGUAAUGGAGAGGGUCUGCCGGAUGAACAAGGGCAAGAAUGCUACGCUGGAAAGUUUUGGGGUGUCCUCACUCACACAGCCUCGCUUGCGCCACAAGUCCAUGUUUUUAGGCCCUUGCCAAGAUGUCAAGAUUCUGAUGACUAAAUAUUCAAAAUUCAUGUGGAUUUUCGCAUUCGCCUUCUUUAGCCUGUCUGGACUAGCCUUCGCUCUGCCUAUUUGGAUGUUGCGGAUCAGGGUUAUGACGAGUCAAGAGGAAAAGCCGGAGACGAUAUGCAAUCUCUUGCAGGAGAAAAUUACGAGUCCAAAAGAUGUGAAAUGCCAUUUAACCUAUGAUGAAAUGGAGGAUCCUCUUAUUCAUGGUUUCGUUGUCCUCAGCCUUUUCAUUGUCACCAGCCUUCUCUUGAUUUGCCUUAAUCGACGAACACUCGUUUUGCUUUUUAUUUCGAUUGCCAUCCUGGGAUGCGCUUUAUUGAACUUUGUGAAGGCGCCUCUCCUCAUAUUAAUUAGCUUUAUGGCCGUAAUCGAUCCACCAAUGUGCUGCAUCAGGUUGACAAGUUCCCUGCUCAUAGAUUUCAUACCCACUCAUCUGAGGGGAAAAGCCUUUUCUAUUACCCUUAUGAUGGGUCGUUGUGGUGUCCUGAUGAGCAACUUGUAUGUGGGCUACACUUUGACACACGUCUGCUAUGCCACCUUCAAUAGUUUUAUUCUAUUGCUCAUAGUUUGCGGUAUCCUCGUGUUCUUAUUACCAGCCGAAUAUAGAAUGGAUAGUUUUUCAAUGUGAUGAGGACUCUUGUGUAAAUUAGUAAAUAAAUAUACCAGAUGUGAAUUAAAA